CCCAGCGUCUAAGAGGGCUUAAAGGUUCUGUGGGAGCCUCCUCCAGGCACACUUGAGCCAGUGCAGAAAGUUUUGGUUUUGGUUUGCUGAUUUGGGAUCUUGUCCCAAAGCUAAUUUGGCUAAAAAUAAUUUGGGCUGGCAGCUGUGAGCUCGUUUUCAGAAUUUUGUUAGUUAGGACCUCUCCAGUUUUUCAUGGCAGUAAACUUUGGUUUUAAAAGUCUUUAAAAAUAAUCUUAAAUAGUGCGUUGGUUAUAAAUAGAGAUAAGCAACUCCAUUUUAUAUCUCACUGAAAUCAGAAAGUAGAUGGUCAUAUAUAGAAUAAUGCCUUACAUUCUCCUGAAACAAAGUAAAUGUUACUCAGAGUUCCAGCUGUAUGUUUGGAUGUCUUGCACCUCAUCUGUUGAAUCAUUGGCUCCCUGUGGUAUUUUAAAAUUUAUUCGUUUAACAAAUACCUGCUGAUAAAUAACUCGCCUUUAAAUAAUCCCCACUAGACCAAACGUCUCCUCCUAGGUCCCACCCAUUUCUUUGCUCCCUUUUACUUAAAAAGACGAAAGAAAGAAAAGAAAGAGAAUGAGAAAAAGCUCUUUGAAAGACUUGCCUCUAAGCCUUUAUUUCUCCUCCUCCUGUUUCCUCCUCCACACUCUCAUCUCAGGCUUUUUGUCUCCAUCACCCCUAUGUCACUUGUGAAAUCCAGUGUCUGUGUACAUUUCCACUUCCUGUGACACAGUUGUUCGCUCCCUCCUCCUUCAUAUUUUUUCUGCAUUUGGCUUCCAGGUCACCACCACCUUCUGCAUUUCCUUUCACCUCACUGGUCACUCUUUCUGUGUCUCCAGGCUUUUCCUUCUUUUCUCAACCACUGUUAGACUGCCACAGUGCUUGGUUCUUGGCCAUAUUCUCUUUUGAGCCAUAACUUUCUCCCAAGGCAAUUUCUAUCCCAAGCCAUAUUUCAUGACUAUAAAUAACAUCUAUAAGCUGAUGACUUCCAAAUUUUUCUUUCUAGUUUUACUUCUGUCCUGAGCUCUAGACGCAUGUGUUUAGCUACUUGCUCAACGUCUCCACUAGGAAGUCUGAUCAGCAUUUAAAUGUAGUAUGUCCAAACAGAAUUACUGAUACACACCCACCCAGUCCUCUUCUGUUUGCCCCUCACUUACCUUCCUUAUCACAGGAAAUGUUACUGCCAUUCAGUGAGGCUGAAACUCUAGGGAUCAUCAUCGACUCCUCUUUUCAGCUCUGACCGCACAUCCAAGCAUCCAGCAAACUCUGUUGACUCUACCUUGAAAAGAUAGCUCAAUUUCGACCACGUAUUAUGUGCCCUCUCUAACACAAACCACAAUUCUCUUUUACUGGCCGACUGUGAAGACUCUGAUUUGGUCUUCCAGCUUCUACCCUUGCUUCUCUAUAGUGUUUCUCCAAACAGCAGUGGUUUUUUAAAAAUAUCUAAUCAGAACUUUCACGUCCCUUCAAAACCUGGUGGCUUCUUAUCAGAAUCAUAAAAACCAAAUUCUUACCAUGGCUCAAAGCCCUGUGUCAUCUCACCCCUGACUGAUUCCCUGGUCUUAUCUUCUGCUUCCCACCUGCCUCCCCCCGCCCCCCCCCCCCCCCCCCCGGCCCCGACCUCUCAGCUGGAGUGGCUCUGAUCUUGCUCCUGUUCUCCUUGCCUGCAGCAGGCCUCUGCUAGGCCAUCACAGGCUGUACACCUUCACUUUCCUCACUCCCCUGUUCACAUACUGUCUCAGGGGUUACUGCCUUAGUCCUGGUAACAUCUUCUUGUCACUGAUCCUCUGGGUUGGUGGCUGUUAGAUACUGAGCGCUGUCCUCUAAUAUUCCACGAAGCUUAUGGCACCGUUAAAUCCUUAUUGGUUGCUAGGACUCUCUAAUAUUGAAAGUGCACAAGCAGCUUUCUCUUGAGUCUCACUUUGAUAAAAUGUGCAAGUUUGCCCUUACCGUCUGUGUUUUUAUAAAAUGUUGUUCCUGGUUUGGAGAAGGUUUGCCCUUUAAGGCUAGUUCUCAUUCUUAAAUAUAGAAAAUGAAAGGAAAAUACUCUGUUUACUGGAAGGAAUAUGCAAUAUUUUUUUUCAGUUCCUUUGCUUUAGUGGGAAGCAGUAGUCUCUGAUUCAGAGCGUUGUUGAGUGGUACCAGAAACAGGUAGUUUUAAUGGGAAGAAGAAAAAUGAAGGCACUUGUUCAGAAAAUAUUAUACACGUCUUUAAGUUGUGUAGUGACUGAGCCAGUGUCAGAAUAACAAGAUUCAUAGCAAGAUUCAGUUCUCUUUUUAAAAUAUGUGGGAAUGGAAAUGAAAAACAAUAUUUUCAUCUUCACGGAAAGCUGUUGGGGAAUAAAAGACCGUUUAAUUUACAUAAUGUUUGUCAUUUUAAUCCCAAGGAACUAGUUCUGUGAUGUUACCAGUAGAAUAGGUACUAUUAGGCUGGCCAAAAAGUUUACAGAAAAACCUGAAUGAACUUUUUGGCCAACCCAAUACCUUCCUCUCUUUUAAAAGAACAGAAAAACAUUUUUUUUUUCUCAUUUCAGAUUUGGGAUUUCAGAUGCUUGAAUAAACAUAUACAAUAGAAGAUUAAAUAAAAUUUUAAAAUAAAGGGAUUUGGAAUAUGGAACAAAGAGUAGGAGGGUUAAAGGAAAGCCAUGAGGAAAAUCAUGAUCAAAUCUCCUGCCCCAAGCUUCUGUAUGUUGAUUAGACAGCACUCAUCGACCUGGACCUUCCUAGCAGCUGAGAAAAGAGACAGGCUCCACAGGUGGAAAAGACGGUGCCCAGGGGAAGACCAGUUUGUGUAUUUUUGUUUUUCUACCUGAUAGAAGCAAUUUUUAAAAAAUUAAUUAAACAUUUACUUGCUCAAGGACCUGUUUUAGGUACUGUGGAGAUGAAUAUUCUGCCUUCCAGUAUGUGUAAUUAAGUAAGAUAUUGGAGGACCCCUGUUGGGUUUAGAGUUAGCAAAUCCAGACUAUUGGAAAAUUUUCAUGUAGAUUUAAAAAAAAAACAAAAACAGGAGAUCAAGCAGUUAAACCUGGAGGUGAGCUCAACCCAUCCAAAAUGUGCAGAUAUGACACAUAAGGUAUAUACUAUUUGAGGCAUUAAGUGAAUGUGACCUCUAUUUAAAAACACAAAAUCUAGAGAAUAAUGUAUUUACUAAAAAAUCUUCUUUAUUCCAGAUUACAUUAUCAUCGUAGAAAAAAGGUGUAUAGAUAUAGAUACAUGUACAUUCACACAUCUACCAUACACAGCUAACCAAUGUUAACUUUUUGGUAUACUUCAUUCCAAUCUAUUUUCUCUAUAGUUUGUUUUUACAAAGUUUUGCAGUAUAUUUUAUUUUAUAGUCUUGUUUUUUCCACUUAUUGUUAUGGAAGCAUUUUCUCAUGUCGUUAAAAUAAUUCGUAACAUUCGUAAACAUUUUGAUGAUUUAAUAGGGUUCAACCAUAUGAAUAAUAUGACAUAGUUUAUGUUGCCAUUCCCUACUUUUUGAACAUUUUGAUUGUGUACCUCCAAUAGAAUGUUGGCUAGCCUAUGAUACUAUGUACAAGUUCUCUAAUAAGAAAAUAUAGUCAUGUAACUCAUACUUCAGAAUUGCAAUAAAAUGUUUCCAUAGAUCCUGUGACAGGAGAAAGCUGAGCAAGUUUGAGAAACAAAAAAAGACACACAUGUAGGGAACUGGGGGAGCAGAGGGAAGAAAAGCACGAGAUAAGCUUGGAGCUGAAGGAGCCCGAUCAUGCAGGGCAUCCUUGCCAUAUUAAGAAAUUUUGAUUCUAAGAGCAGUAGGAACCCAUGCAGGGGUGUAAAUGGUAGUAAUUUGAUCAGUUGUAUGUACUUAAAAAGAUCGUUGUGGCUGCUGAGUGGAGAAUGGAUUAGACUGACCAAGAGUGGCUGUAGGAGACCGAUUAGGAAGGAGCAGUGUAGUAGACUAGGGGAGAGAUGUUGAUCUAGAGUGAAAAUGCAGUGGGGAGGGAAGCGGAACAUUUUGAGAUGUGUCUUACGGGUUGGCUUGCUGACAGCUUGGAAGUGAAAGUGUAGGAGUGGAAGGGGAAAGUGUCAGUGAUGCCUGAGGUUUCUGGCUGUUGUAACUGGGCAGAUGAUGGCGCCAUUUUCCAUGGUGGAGAAGUCUGGGAAAAUGAGGUGGAAGCUACCUCCCAGGCCAGCAAGGAAAACAAGUUAAAAGUGCUGUACGACACAUAUUAUAAGAAAUAUGAGCAAGAUAUUAUGGGCAGCCGGAGGAGGAGUACUUAACCUGGAGAUCAAAGGAAAAGCAUUCUGCCAAAUAUGACCCUUGAGCUGUAUCUUGAAUGUACCAUAUUUAUAUUCACACAGUUUUUAAAAAUGUAACAUAAUUGCUCAUUAAAAAAUCCAUACAUUUGGAUAGGCUGGUCCCUAUUCUGAUUGAGUCAAUAAUUUAUAUGCUAGGGAUGAUAAAGAGCUAUCUGUUCAGCUAUCUCUCAACUUGAAAAACUGUGUUAGGUCUCAUAUUUGGAAUUGUCUAAUUUCAUUCAUUCAUUCAGAAGGUAUUGUUGAAUGCUGGCUAUGUGCAAGACUCUGGAGAUACAGUGACAAGCAAGACAGAUUUGGUGUUAAUUCUGAUAGAGCUUACAGUCUAAUGGGAAAGAUGAGAAACUAAGCAGAUACUCAAACAUGUAAUUAAUUGUAGUGUGACUAGAGCCAUGAAGGCAAGAUAUAAGGUUUUAGACUCCUACAGAUCCCUAACAUUUCUAAUGCAAGCUUUGGUACCUAAAAUGAAAAACACAGGCACUAGCUUAGUUAGACUGUAAGUGUCAAUGGGUAAUAUUUGAUAAUUAAUCCUUUCCUUUAUACUGGGCCUUUGCUAUCCUUAUGGAUUCUGUGCAAGUCCCAAAAGAAGAAAAUAAAUAAAUGACAGCUGACUCUCAAUAAUGUUAUUUCAAUAAAGAACAGGUGGAUUCAAAUUCUACCCAUCCUAUUCCUGAAGAUAUUGAUCACCCUAGUUGGGAUUUUAUUUUAAUAAAAUAUUUCCAGUGUGAAGAGUCUGAAAGAAAAGUCUACACGUUCCUUGUCUGGCUGGCUCAGGUCUAUUCUGUUGGGUCCUGACAAUAAAUACCACGGGCGAUACAGGCCACGCGGCUCCUGUUGGAAUUCUUCAACUCUGCCUCUGUAGCAUGACAUUUGCCAUAGGCAAUACAGAAAUGAAUAGGCAUGGCUGUCUUCCAGUAAAACUUUGCUUAUAAAAACAGGUGGCACACCAUGUUUUGCUGCUGACCUGCUGUAGUUCUCUGGCCUGGAUUUGGAUGUUGUAUCGAUCAUAGUUUUGUUGCAGAGAACAGAGUCUACUAUAGCUAGUUUAAGCAGAAAAGUGUGCAUUAGAGGAUAUUACAAAAUGUACAGUAUCACUGGGUAAGUUGAAGAGCUAGAGUCCAGGUUGAGUUUCUAGGAAUACCUCAGACCACCACCUACCGUACGGGUGUAGUGGCGCUGGAGCUUUUUUAAAAUUUAUUUAUUUUUGGUGCGUUGGGUCUUCGUUGCUGUGUGUGGGCUUUCUCUAGUUGCGGCAAGUGGGGGCUACUCUUUGUCACGGUGCACGGGCUUUUCAUUGCGGUGGCUUCUCCUGUUGUGGAGCACGGGCUCUAGGCACACGGGCUUCAGUAAUUGCGGCAUGGGGACUCAGUAGUUGUGGUGCGUGGGCUCUAGAGUGCAGGCUCAGUGGUUGUGGCGCACAGGCUCAGUUGCUCCGUGGCAUGUGGGAUCUUCCCGGGACCAGGGCUUGAACCCGUGCCCCCUGCAUUGGCAGGCGGAUUCUUAACCACUGCGCCACCAGGGAAGUCCGGAGCUGGAGCUUUUGCCACAACCAUGAAACCUCCCGCCAGAUCAGCAAGCUGCCAGCUCUGAAUCACACCAACUCUGCUAGAGCCUUAACCAGCAAAGUCACUGCCUCAUGCUCUGCCUCCCUUCAUAUGUAACUCACACGAGUAAGUACAUCUGAUUGGCAGAACUUAAAUUACAUCCAGAACCCUAGCUUCAAGGAAGUCUAGGAAAUAGAGCUUUUAGUACUUGUGGCACAGGAAGUACAGGGAGGUUCACUAAAAGGAAGUUGGAAUAAGUUUUGCGUGAGCAAAUCUGCAGGAUCUGUUACAGAACGCCCCUUUGGCUACUUAAUAUCCAUACCUUCCCUUCUUUCCAUACCUAAACCUCCAGCAAGAAAUGUGCUCUCUUACAAUAUAAUGCAGCCAUCCCUGAUUUUAAAAAAAGCAAAGUGCACUCACCUUCUCCCAAGAAGCUAAAACCCAAAGUUCUGUAGGUCACCACAUCUGCAGUAUUCAUCACAGACAUUACCCCGGGACCUAGCACCCUCAGGAGUUAGGUGGCCUCUCUCCUCUCCCAGGGAAAGGGGGAGUAGGAGAGAGAGCUGCCCAGUGACCAAGAGGAGAACAGCUCAGCUCUAAGAAGCUGCCAUCCAUACUUUUCAUCCUUUCUCUCUACUAGCCAGUUCCCUCCGUUUCCAAGCAUUCCGAGUUUCUCCUCUCUUCAUGGAAUCCUCUCCCCACCCUAUGUUCGUUUGUAGCUGUUGGCUUCUUUUCUUCUUAGCUAAGCUUUCCCCUCCCCCGCCCCCUCAUCCUCUAGACUCUUGAGCAUACUGGUGACUCCUACCAUCCCCUGUAACUGCUCCGGUGAACCUCAAGGGGCUCAAUGCCUUGGACGCCGACCGCUGCUCGAGGUACUCUCCUGCCUUGGCUUCUGGAUUCUGUGCCUGAUUUUCCUGCUGCUCGGGUGCCACUCCUCCCUCUCCUUUAUGGGUCCCCCUCCUCCAGGUGCCCCUCAGGCAUUGAUUCUGUCUUCAGCUCUCUUCCUUCUCUUUUCUUUCUACUUGUUUUCAGUUACUCACAGAUUUGAGCUAGUGUCAAGGUUUUAUCUCCCAUCAAGAUGCUCUCCUCAGCCUCGGACCUACAUGUGUAAGUACCUAUUGGACAGCUCCUCUUCCAGGUCACAGGCACCCUAAGCUCCCUGUGUCCCAAACUGGAUUAACUGGUCAGCUACAUCCAACCCCCACACCCUGCUUGUCUCAGCAAACGACUCAGCGAACGUAACAAGGCAUAGACUUGGGAAGCGUACUUGAUCCUUCUUUCUGUGUCCCAACCCCUGGCACCUCCUACAUAUCUUCAUCUCCACCAUACCUUCCUUAGUUCAGGGCUCUGCUUUCUCAUCUAGGUUACUGUGACAGCCUCUCAACUGAUUGUUCUCCCCAUCCAGGGCCUUACAGUCCUUAAGCGUAGUCUCCUUACUCUUGUCUAAAACAAGUCAGAUCGUGUCACUCCCCUGCUUCAUACCCACCAGGGGCUCUCUGUCUGCCAACACGAUCAGGUUCAAAGUCCUGAACCAAGUAAACUAGGUUCCUUACUCACUCUAAUCCUUUUUAUCUCUCCAUCCUUAUCUCUCACCACUAUCCUCUCCCCUCACACCCCUGCAUAUUUGGACUUCAGCCAUCUAAACACCUGGUGCAAAAUGAUCCUAAUACACUGUGCCCUCUGGUGCUUCAGUGGUUUUUUAUUGCAAGUGCCGCUCCCACUGCCUGGAAACCGUCCGCCUCUCGGCCUUACUGAUGCAGUGCUCCCCACUGCGUGUCCAUCCUGAGUGCUCUGGUAGCACCUGUUAUUUGAAUGAAGCAGCAGUGCGAUGAGUCCUAAUCAUCUGCUUAUCCUGGGUCCACAUCCCUAAAACCCAGCAGGUCUUGGUGCAGAAAUGAAAUGAAAUGCUGAGAAAUAAAGCUUUCCUAUUCUGAUUUGGAUCUUUAUAAUGGGUAUCGGAAAGUCUAAAACGGAUCCCUGCCCUCUUUCUCUCACUUGGGGUAAAAGCCACAGUGUGGACACGAGUCAAAGACAGCACAAGUCAGAUUCCAAGAAAUCUGAAGAAACGUCCCUGAGUGAUGCUGCUGCUCAUAGCAAUACAGCAGAGAUGCCAACAGGGGAGCAGGAGGGAGCCAAGGGAGUGGAGGAGAUGCCAGAAGAGGAAGCAGAAGAAGAGGUGUUCCUCAAAUUUGUGAUACUGCAUGCUGAAGAAGACACAGACGAAGCCCUCCGAGUCCAGAAUCUUCUGGAAAAUGACUUCGGCAUCAAACCUGGAAUAAUCUUUGCUGAGAUGCCAUGUGGCAGGCAGCAUUUACAGAAUUUGGAUGAUGCUGUCAAUGGGUCUGCCUGGACAAUCUUAUUAUUGACCAAAAACUUUUUAAGAGAUACCUGGUGUAAGUUCCAGUUCUAUACGUCCCUCAUGAACUCUGUUAACAGGCAGCACAAGUACAACUCCGUCAUCCCCAUGCGGCCUCUGAACAACCCCCUGCCCCGAGAAAGGACUCCCUUUGCUCUGCGAACCAUCAACGCCCUGGAGGAAGAAAGUCGUGGCUUUCCUACACAAGUGGAAAGGAUUUUUCAGGAUUCUGUAUAUAGGAUACAGCGGGCUAUAUGGAAAGAGACCAGAAAUACGGUACAAAGGCAAUUUAUUGCUUGAGACGGAACACACAACACACAACAGGCUCUUGUUUUGUAAAACAAAUGAUUUAUCUCCACUUGAGAAAGCAAAUUUCUAGGAAGAGUUUAGAUGAAAGAGAACCUUACUCUUACAGAAACUUAUGGAGCCCAAGAAAGAUAAAUUUCUGCAGGACAGUCUAUAGAAUUGUGGUACUUUUCAAUGUUUCCAUAAACUUGAAAUUGUCAGAGUUUCAAGAACUGUUUCCAAAAAAAAAAAAAGAACUGUUUCCUCUCAGUUUUCCUAGUUCAUGAUUACAACAAAGGAUAUUUUAAAUUCAUAUUCCUCGUAUUGAACUUGAUCAAAACCUUAUAUGAUAGACAUUUAAAAAAUACAAUAACACUGACUUUGUUCUCAAAGGAACCGCAGAAAAAAAUGGCCUCGAGAGAUCCGAGCGCCCUCACUUUCGAGGCACCUCUCAUGAAUGUUGCAAUAAAGUGUUCCCGGUGUUGUCACCCAGAAAUAGGGAUAGCCAGACUAGAACAUUUAGAAUGUUGAGUGCUGAUAAAUAUGAAACCCAAAAUAGAUGUGAGAAUGGUAGGGCUCUUUAAAAGAAUCCAAUCAGGGGCUGCCCUGGUGGCGCAGUGGUUGAGAGUCCGCCUGCCGGUGCAGGGGAUGCGGGUUCGUGCCCCGGUCCAGGAGGAUCCCACCUGCCGUGGAGCGGCUGGGCCCGUGAGCCAUGGCCGCUGAGCCUGCGCGUCCGGAGCCUGUGCUCCGCAACAGUGAGAGGCCCGCGUACGGGGGGGCUGGGGGGGGGAGAAGAAUCCAAUCAAAUGUGUUUCCUUUCUGUUGGAAUUUGCAUAUUUGGAGGCAGUUCCCACCACUGAUUAGUGGCCCAUUUGAUGGUAUUGUGGUCAGGGACUUCGUGCCUGGUGUUGACAUGACCCCUGGAGCUGGAAGCUCUCCAUUGUUGGUCAUUGUGUGUGACCAGGAGCUUCUGAAAGGUGUAUGUAUCCUAGGCCAGAUGUUCUCCUUUAAAAUCAAUAACCUCUCCUAUGGCAGCUGUUAAAAAUUCCUCUCUCACACAAUGUCCUAUCAAGGAAAUAUUUCUCAGCUAGGUGAUCACAGAGCCUGACACUGUGUGUGUGUGUGUGUGUGUGUGUGUGUGUGUGUGUUGUAGAUCACUUUCAGACUUGGGAUAGAAGUGGGCGAUGCGUUUUCUGGCGUCCUCUUCUAGUGCCCCACACUCAUAGCAAACCAGAGGCCCCAAGAGGACCGGGUCCUGUCUUUCACAGCCCUUCUGCGCCAGCUGAGAUUGAGGGAGAACCACCAGGUACAGACCAGGGACAAGGCGGCGUGUGAAUCAGGUCAUGUUGUAAUGAGAAAAGCACCAGAUGGGAAUCAGGAGACCUGGUUGUUCUAGUCCAGUCUCUUUCACUGAGGAUGAAUGGGACCGCGGGCAAGCUAUUUACCCUCCUUUAUCUGUGAAAAGAAAGGAUUGGAUUGAUGAAUCUGUAAAGGCCUUUGUCCUCUCCCAGAAUGUGAAUAACUAGGAACCAGAAAAGGGAACAAGCAAAAAAAAGGUAGAAUUUUAUAACGUGAUUUUAUAAUAGUUGCAGGAGGCUUCAUAUAUAUGCUCACGAUGAAAGGAUAUUGUAUAUGUUUACAGUGUAAUUGAUUUCUAAUGCUUCCCAUUACAUUUUUAUAGUCACAGAAAAAUAUUACAAUACGUGCUUACUCAGUUAUUUUUUUUUUUUUUGUGGUACGCGGGCCUCUCACUGUUGUGGCCUCUCCCGAUGCGAAGCACAGGCUCCGGACGCGCAGGCUCAGCGGCCAUGGCUCACGGGCCCAGGCGCUCCGCGGCAUGUGGGAUCUUUCCUGACCGGGGCAUGAACCCGCGUCCCCUGCAUCGACAGGCGGACUGUCAACCUCUGCGCCACCAGGGAAGCCCCUCAGAUUUUUUUUUUUAAUUUUUAAAUUUUUUUCUAGGGACCCUUGAGCAAAAACAUUCUGCCCUAUUUUUCUUUCUCUUUAUUCCCACUUCUCCAUAUCCCCUACUAACACUAGGGUCUGCUCACAGCUUUCUACAGUCUGCCUCUUCAUAGUCAUGAAUCAACACGUUUCAUAAUCCUGCAAAUAAGUCAAACCUCCCCCACUACUAGUACUUAUCAAAGAUAAGAUUCUUCUCUUUGUGUGGUGACUCAAAGUUCCCUUCUAUCAUAUUAGCAUACUACUCACUUUUUCUUUCAGUUCUAAUGAUAAGCAUUCUUUUUUUUUUUGCCACACUGCUUCCUGUAUCUCCAAUUUCAUAUACAAAUAAAACAUUAACCACCCACCCUGCCUGCCUGCCAAAGUUGGUACAUUUAAUGCUGGAUGGUAUUUUUUAAAUAAGUGUUUUUUACCUUUGACUAAGCUUGAUUAUUUCCAAGUCCAGUGAAGACUGUGGAGAAGUGUUUUGAAAAGAGGCAUCAAUCUGUACUCCUCCACAGAGCACCAGGCACAAUGUCUCACUUGAUUUGAAGUUACAUAUAUAUAUUUUUAUGAUGAAUAAAGAUGUUAAGUACUGAAUAACUGUCUAUGCUGAAAUUAAACGUUGUAAUAAGAGAUUAUCAAAAUAGCUAAACUGAGGAUGAGAAGAGGUAAAGGUGUGACGCUAGUCGUGUGAGUGUGUGUAUACGCGUGUACACGUGUAUAGAUUCAGACUUAGAGGGAAAUUCUGUAAAAUUUUGCCACAUGCUGGAGAGCAUCCAUUUUGGUUGUCUGUGGGUCUCAUUGCCCACCCUGGAGCUUCACAGAAGAACCUGAGUUAUGGGCUUCCCUGGUGGUGCAGUGGUUGAGAGUCCCUCUGCCGAUGCAGGGGACACGGGUUCGUGCCCCGGUCCGGGAGGAUCCCACAUGCCGCGGAGCGCCUGGGCCCGUGAGCCAUGGCCGCUGAGCCUGCGCGUCCGGAGCCUGUGCUCUACAACGGGAGAGGCCACAACAGUGAGAGGCCUGCGUACCGCAAAAAAAAACAAAAAACAAAAACCUGAGUUGUGCCUUGUGUGUCAGGAUUCUUUCAGCUGUAAGAAACAGAAAAGCCGGUGCCAUGUGACUUUUACACUAUAAGGUAAACUUACUAUCUCACCUAACAUUAGGUCCCCUAAGGUAUGGUGCCUCAAAGGUGUGAUUAAAAACCCAGUUCUUAUAUACAGUGGAAUAUUGUGCCACCUUAAAGAGAAAUAAAAUUCUCAUACAUGCUAUAACGUGGAUGAACCUUGAAAACACAAUGCUAAGUGAAAAAAGACAGGUACAAAAUGGUACAUACUGUAUGGUUCCAUUUAUAUGAGGUACCUAGAGUAGGCAAAUUCGUAGAGAAAAAAAAAGAGAGGUGACCAGGGGCAGGGGAGAGGGAAGAAUAGGGAGUCAUGUUUCAUGGGUACAAAGUUUCUGUUUGGGAUGAUGAAAAAGUUCUGGAAAAGGGUAGUGGUGAUGUUUGUAUGACAUUGUGAAUGUAUUUAAUGCCCCUGAAUUGUAUGGUUAAAAUGUAAAUUUUAUGUAUAUUUUACCACAGUAAUUUUUUAGAAACCCAUAUGGUCUUUCCACCUUUUUGUUCUGCCAUCCUCAGUUUCCCAGCUGGGCUUUCCUUAAAGUUGUACUACGGCUGCACCAGUGUUAAGCACAGAUAUUGAAGCAUCCAGCCUAAUAAGACAGUGGGAGUGGUUCACCCAAGUGAGGAAAACUAUUUCUUCACUGCAUUGUUGAAAAUUGCUUAUGGUGAUAAUAAAAAGCCAUCUGACUUCUAA